AGGACUCCCUUCUGUUUUGCUCUGAGACGGGUCGGAUGACCACGUACUUGUUUUUUCCGUGCCAAGUUGUCUUGCCUGCCGCCAUGGAGUGCUCGCCCACCGCACAGAAGGCCGGGUGAAAACGUGACCUUGGUGGGGUGAGCAUCACGGUUUGGCUCGCAGCUAUAAAGACCAGCUAUCUCAGUGCCUGCUCGGCCAAUUGCUCACAGACAUAUCACCCCAGAGGGAAAUUGAUUCAGGAAAUCAUCUGUGUCGACUCACAAGAAUCAACGCACCUACCAUAAUACGCACACAGUACCGAAAAUGCCGCUUCAACAGAUCACCAACUUGCCUACGGUUGACACUGACACUGACACCCUCGCCCCCAUUACCCACGACGUCCCGCAUCCUGCCUCGGAUGUUGCUGCGGACACCGAGGAGCAGGGAAACGGCACGCCCGCCAUCGGGCCCCGCGCCACAAAGCCCGGCAAGUCCGGAAAGCGAACAACCGCUGCGCCUCAAGGUGAAGGUUCCACUCAGCCCGCGCCAAUUCGCCGCAGUUCGGAAUCACCCGGUGCCCCAUCGACGGCACCGCCGGAGAGUAUUACGGAAGUCCUCGGAUUGAUGCGCGAUAUCUGGCAGCAGAACAACCUGUUGCUGGCGGAAACUCGCCAGAAUCAGGCGACGAACGAAAGGCAUUUCGCCGCUGCACAGGUUGCUGCCAUUAAUCACACUGACCAUAUUUUGGAAGCCCAGCAGGACCGGCACACGGCAACCGAGCAGCGUCUGAUCGCGCUCAGCGACACAUUGUCAGCAACGACAACCAUCACUUCCGAGCAGAACGAUGCCCCCGCAUGCGAAGGGGUUCGCCCCAGUCAGAUCGUGGAAGGCCUUAGCGCUGCAAUUCAGGACGGAGUGCUUGUCCGGGACCCUGGUCACUAUAUGGUCACCGGCGAUAUAGCACCAUAUCACAGGUCCUACAUGAAGAGAUCCCACAACUUCGUCUGGCGCAACAAGUCCGCACCGAAGCGCGCGCUGGACGACAUCCUCUCAACCAUCGAGGACACCGGAGGUGAUUUCCUACAGCAGCCCCUUCCCCGAGAUCAUCCUGCUCGUCGGUUUCGCCGCCGAGGUUUCCGAAACAACUGCGUCGCGGGCUGGAGGGUGAGGGACGGACACGCAUCCUCUCAGACGAUUUGAGGGGAGUCGAGGAAGCUGACUGAACUGCCUGUCGGAUAUAUGUCGCGCUUAUGAGGGAAAAAUAUCCGACUACGGUCGCAUAUCUCGCAUGCCAAAGACGCGGGGGCGUUGGUCGGGGGUUUAUUCUUGGUAGAGGCGGAAAGGUUCCGUUUUUUGGGUGAUGUCGGAUGGUUAUUCGACCUCUCGUAAAAGCGAGAUGAAAUAAUCAAGUCCAGAUGGUAGUUACACGUGACCGAAGAAGAAAAAUGAGCACAGUUCACGUGACCGAAGAAGAAAU